CUUUACACGGGGUAAAAGUAAUAUUAUGAAAAGAUUAGCAAAAUCGUCAUUCGGAACAAUAUUGCGUGUCUCAUGGAACUCACAAAUGUCCACGGUAUGUACAACUUCUCCAUAUCAGCUGGUUGGUCGAUCCCACCGAGAACUAUUGCGUAUCAACGCCGAUAAAAGGCUGCGGCAAUCCAGCAACUUGACUUGUUCGACGAGUCAUACGCCGCAGCGCUUACUCGACGUAGCAGGACACAAUACAAACGUGAAGGUUCUUCGUGACAGUUCGGAUUCUUGCAAGAAACGAAGCAAAAUGGAUCGAGAUCCAGCAUCCGACCAAUUAAAAAAAUACAAGGAAAAAAUGGAGAUUUUUCUGCGCACAAUUUUUCAGCACAAAAAAUCGCCGGAUUCGCAGAUUGCAACAAAUCUAUUCGGUCAAACUAACCGCAAGGGAGAACCACCUGUACUCCUGACUGGAGCUGGAAAUCCAAUUGCCAAUAAAAUGGCUUCUCUUACCGUUGGUCCCAGAGGACCUAUACUUUUGCAAGACAGUGUAUUUAUUGAUGAGUUAUCACACUUUUCAAGAGAAAGAAUACCGGAGCGUGUAGUGCAUGCGAAAGGAGCUGGUGCUUUUGGUUAUUUUGAAGUUACGCAUAAUAUCAGCAAGUAUUCGAAGGCCAAGGUUUUUGCUGGAGUGGGUAAAAGAACGCCAAUUGCAGUGAGAUUUUCCACUGUGGGAGGCGAGAGUGGAUCCGCCGAUACUGUUAGAGAUCCACGUGGAUUCGCUGUGAAGUUUUACACCGAGGAAGGAAUCUGGGAUUUGGUUGGCAAUAACACGCCAAUUUUCUUUAUAAAAGAUCCUCUUUUCUUCCCAAGCUUCAUUCACACGCAAAAAAGAAAUCCAGUCACACAUUUAAAGGAUCCCGACAUGUUCUGGGAUUUUCUUUCUCUGCGACCGGAAAGUCUUCAUCAGGUUCUUUUCCUCUUUGCCGACCGUGGUAUUCCUGAUGGAUAUCGUCACAUGAAUGGUUACGGCUCGCAUACUUUUAAACUCGUUAACGAUCGCAACGAGAUGGUCUACUGCAAGUUUCACUACAAGACCGACCAAGGAAUUAAAAAUCUAUUAGCUCAAAAGGCAGCUGAUUUGAGUAGCACGGACCCGGAUUAUUCUAUUCGAGAUCUAUACAAUGCCAUUGCCCAAGGUCAAAAUCCAUCCUGGACUUUCAGCAUCCAAGUGAUGACACCCAAGCAGGCUGAAACCUUCAGAUGGAAUCCGUUUGACCUGACUAAGAUAUGGCCGCAUAAGGAGUUCCCAUUGAUUCCUGUGGGACGUUUGGUCCUGAAUAGAAAUCCUGAGAAUUAUUUCAUGGACGUGGAGCAAGUAGCAUUUAAUCCUGCCCACAUGGUACCUGGAAUCGAACCCAGUCCUGACAAAAUGCUUCAAGGUCGGCUCUUUGCCUAUGGCGACACUCAUAGACACCGUUUGGGAGCGAAUUACCUGCAGUUACCAGUCAACUGUCCCUACAAGGUGAUGUCAGCAAUGAAUUAUCAACGUGACGGUCCGAUGGCAUAUCAUAAUCAAAACGGCGCGCCAAAUUAUUAUCCAAAUAGCUUUGGCGGACCUAAGGAGUGUCCUGCUGCUCUUGCACCUAGUUUCCAAGUAAGCGGCGACAUCGAUCGGUACGAGCCUGUCAAUGAGGAUAAUUACACCCAGGCUACGGAAUUUUGGCGUAACGUUCUCGAUGCUGACGCCAAGACAAGACUGGUCGAUAAUAUAGUGGAUCAUAUUCGACAUGCUUCGAAUUUCAUAAUUGAACGUGCCCUUAAGCAGUUUAUCAAAGUCGAUGCUGAUCUUGGCAGGAGACUCACUGAGGGCCUGCGGAAAUAUGGAAAGGCUACUGGUUUUUCUGCAAACUUAUAAUUAAUUUAAUUACGGAUAAAUCAAACAUUUGUAACUUGGAUGUUUUAUUUUUUUCUCUCAAAUAUUAUAUUAAGUGUGAUUCACGUGAUCCUUGUAUUUCAUUGUCGUUGACUUUGAAAUGUUUGAAAAUUAUUAAAUAUACAUUGUUACUAUUUUCAUAUAAUAAAGCAUUACCUUGUAAAAUCUUAUUCCCUUGGAUAGCCUGUAACGAAAAAUCCUGCUGUCUGUAUUGAAGUAAGAAAUUGAUUCUUUUACUUGAAAAAGAAGGAAUAAUCUGGUAAUCGCUUUAACGGUAGUCUUGUGAGAAGUUUCUAAGUGGAAUACGUGACAUCGCGUAAAGUCUUGCGGAUUACUAGUAUUUCUUAUAAUAUACCAGAUGGGCGAAAGACCGAAGGAUAAUGGAAAUUGUAGAGUUUAAUAAGAUUAGACGGGUAUUACGCACAGUGUCGCUAAGACGUGGGGAAACUGAAGGUUCAUUUCAUGAAUGACAAUUAGCCAAGGAAUUUUUUUUGUCAACCUAAAACCUUAUCAUACAAGAUUAUUAAUUAGUUCGUUAAGUUUUUAAAUGAAAAAUUGUAAACAUUAA